GCCGAGGCUGCUUUGAGGAAAAAGGCCGAACGGUGGGACAAUUCAAGAAGGGCCGAUUAGCAAAAACAGCCGAAAGACCCGGAGCCCAAACCGGGCCAUGGCAUCGGAGCGGUAUCCGCAAAUUGAAGCCGAGCUCUACUUUCUCAUUGCCAGGUUUCUUCAGUCUGGACCGUGUAAAAAGUCGGCGAAGAUCCUGCUGGAGGAACUGGACGAGUACGAGAUCAUCCCGAAACGCUGGAGCUGGGAUGGAAAACAGUUGAAGAGAAACUUCUCCGACUGGGUUGCGCUGAACCAGCAUAUUCCGGCAGAUUACCUGUUGCAUGUGUGUGAGCAGGUAUGUGCGCUGGUGGACGCGCACGUUCCUCCCAGCGUUCCUGGAGUCCGCAGUCUGCUGGGGACUGGACGACAGUCACUGCUCCGCACAGCAAAGAGUUGUCCUUACACAGUAUGGACCGGUUCUGCAGUUGCUGCCCUCCACAGGGGGAGGCCUCCCGAACCACCCAUCAGCUUUGGCAAGCCACCAAACAUUGUGUCAGUCAUGGGCGGUCGCCAGGCAACAGGCGUGGCCCGGUUUGGCCACGUCCUUCCUUCCUGUACCUACCAGCACAUGAAGAUGCACAGGAGGAUUCUGGGUCAUCUGUCCUCAGUGUACUGCGUAGCGUUCGACCGGACAGGCAGGCGUAUCUUUACGGGUUCUGACGACUGUCUGGUGAAGAUUUGGGCGACAGAUGACGGGCGUCUCCUAGCAACACUGCGGGGUCACGCAGCCGAGAUUUCAGAUUUGGCGGUGAAUUACGAGAACACGUUACUCGCCUCGGCGAGCUGCGAUAAGGUCAUCCGCGUGUGGUGCCUCCGAACCUGUGCUCCCAUCACCGUCCUACAGGGACACACAGCCUCCAUCACUUCCAUACAGUUCUCUGCGUCUGCAACUGGCUCUACACGUUACCUGGCCUCUACAGGAGCUGAUGGUAUGGUCUGCUUCUGGCAGUGGAACAGCCUCACCAUGAAGUUCAUUGACAGGCCGGUGAAGUUUACUGAGCGUUCUCGUCCGGGUGUUCAGAUAUCCUGCUGUUCCUUCAGCACCGGUGGGAUGUUCCUGGCCACUGGAGGGACGGAUCAUGUGAUCAGGGUUUAUUACCUGGGCAGCGAAACCCCUCUGAAGCUUUCGGACCUGGACUCCCACACGGAUAAAGUUGUCGCAGUACAGUUUUGCAACAACAGUGACAGUCUGAGAUUUGUGAGCGGUAGUCGUGACGGUACAGCUCGAAUCUGGCAGUACCAGCAGCAGGAGUGGAAGGGCAUCACUCUGGACAUGAGCACUAAACUGCCCGGGAGCACUGCAGCAUCAGGGGAGGACAAGUCGACCAAGCUCGUGGUCACCAUGGUGGCGUGGGACCACAGUGACCGAACAGUCAUCACUGCCGUGUCCAACCUUCUCCUCAAAGUUUGGGACUCCACAAAUGGCCAGCUACUGCACGUGCUCUCGGGUCAUGAUGAUGAAGUGUUUGUGCUGGAGGCCCACCCUUUUGACUGGAGGAUAAUGCUGUCAGCUGGUCAUGAUGGAAACAUUUACAUCUGGGACAUCAGCAAAGGGACAAAGAUACGAAACUUCUUCAACAUGAUUGAAGGCCAGGGCCACGGGGCAGUGUUUGACUGUAAGUUUUCUACUGAUGGUCAACACUUUGCCUGCACUGACUCUCACGGACAUCUACUCAUAUUUGGCUUUGGUUGCAGCCAACCCUACGAGAAGAUUCCAGACCAGAUGUUCUUCCAUACGGAUUUCCGGCCGUUGAUCCGGGACUCCAAUAACUACGUUUUGGAUGAGCAGACGCAGCAGGCGCCUCACCUCAUGCCCCCACCGUUCCUGGUGGACGUGGACGGAAACCCUCACCCCCCGCGCUUCCAGCGCCUGGUGCCUGGCAGAGAGAACUGCAAGGAGGAGCAGCUGGUGCCUCAGCUUGGCUACAUGGCUAACGGUGAUGGCGAGGUGGUUGAGCAGGUGAUUGGCCAGCAGACGGCGGAUGAAGGUCAGGAAGAAAGCCCAUUGGACAGUCUGAUCAGACAGCUCCAGUACCAGCAGGACGAGAGAAUGAACUCAGGAAACCAGCAAGCAGGUGGUGAAGCAGCAGGCGGCCCUCUGUCGCCACCCAACGUCGGCCUGCGUAGAAGCGGGCAGGUGGAGGGGGUCCGCCAAAUGCACAACAAUGCCCCCCGCAGUCAGAUGGCUACGGAGAGAGAUCUGCUGGCGUGGAGCCGCCGUGUGGUGGUUAACGAGAUUCCGUCAGGAGUGUUCAGGAUUAUGGAGGAGAGUCGAGUGGCCAAAGGGGAAUUGGAGCGUUUUCUGUACAACACUGAGAAGAAGAAAAAACCUGUCAAUACUACUCGAGCUGAGCCAAUUGGCGUCUCUCUCCGCUCUCUGCGGAGACCUUCGAGGAAACAGCAGCAGAAGAGACAUUCGUAUCACACGCGGUCGGCCCGCGAGAGGAGGAGGAGCACACACAUGCCUUCACACUCGGGGGAAGACAGCCUUGGAGAAUCAGACAGCGAAGCAGAGCAGGAGGAAGAUCAGGCGGAGAACAGUGACGUCUCAUCUGAAAGCGAGGAUCAGUGGGAGAACGCCAGCAGCUCCAGUGACUCCUCCAGCGAGUAUUCUGACUGGACGGCGGACGCUGGAAUCAACCUCCAGCCUCCUAAACGGCCAAUCAGAAGGCCGGCUCGUGUUGCCCAAAGCAGCAGCUCAGAGGAUGAAGGGGAGGGGCAGGGAGAGGGAGAGGAGCGGAAGAAGAAGGAGGAGGAGGAGAAGAAAAAGAAGAAACCCAAACAAACUAAACAAAAAAACGUUCCUGCUGGUCAGCUUGAGGAGUGGCAUCCCCCGUCCUGGAUCAUGGAGACAGUUCCCAGACGAUCUCCUUUCCUACCUCAGAUGGGGGACGAGCUGAUAUAUUUCCGGCAGGGUCACCAGGCGUAUGUGCGUGCAGUGCGUCGUGCCAAAGCCUACAGUAUCAAUCCUCAGAAACAGCCCUGGAAUAGACUGGACCUCAGGGAUCAAGAGUGUGUGAAGGUGGUGGGUAUAAAGUAUGAGGUGGGUCCUCCCACUCUCUGCUGCCUCAAACUGGCCUUCCUGGACCCGCUCUCAGGGAAGAUGACCAGCGAGUCCUUCAGCUUGAAGUAUCAUGAUAUGCCUGAUGUCAUAGAUUUUCUGGUGCUACAGCAGUUUUACAACGAGGCCAAAGAACGCAACUGGCAAACUGGGCAGCGUUUCAGGAGUAUUAUAGACGAUGCCUGGUGGUUUGGAUCAGUGGAGAAUCAGCAGCCGUACCAGCCAGAAUACCCAGACAGCCUUUUCCAGUGCUACACUGUCAGGUGGGAUAACGGAGAAAGAGAAAAAAUGAGCCCAUGGGACAUGGAACCCAUUCCAGAUGAAGCUCCAGUCCCGGAUGAGGUUGGAGACAGUGUCCCGGUAACGGAGGAGGAGCUUCAGGCACUGCUUUAUCAACCACAGGAUGGAGAGUGGGGCGCGCACACACGCGAUGAAGAGUGUGAGAGAGUCAUCACUGCUAUAGACCAGCUCCUCGCUCUGGACAUAGCAAAGGCGUUCUCCUGUCCUGUGGAUCUGAGGGACUACCCUUUGUACUGUACUGUGGUGGCUUAUCCUACUGACCUCAGCACCAUCAGACUGAGACUGGUACACCGAUUCUACAGGAGGAUCUCUGCGCUGAUGUGGGAAGUGAGGUAUAUCGAGCACAAUGCACGAACAUUUAAUGAGCCGCAGAGCCCCAUCGUCACGGCAGCCAAAGCCGUCACUGAUGUCCUGCUGCGCUUCAUUGGGGAUCAAAGCUGUACUGAUAUCUUGGAUCUGUACAAUAAGGUCAAGACAGAGCUCAGCAGUGCCGCUGAAGAAGAGGAGGAUGUUGAGGUCGACUCAGACACUCCAGGCACAUCUACUGGUCAAAAGUCUCAGAAGCGUGGUGUGGUUCUGGAUGUGCAGGCGUGGUUUGGGCAGUGCAAGGAGCUGCUGAGGAGAAUGAUCGCCAGUCCAGACUCCGAGCCCUUCCGCCAACCCGUCGACCUCUUUAUCUACCCGGACUACAGAGACAUCAUAGAUACUCCAAUGGACCUGGGGACAGUGUCAGAGACUCUGACGGCAGGGAAUUACGAAAACCCCAUGGAGUUCGCCAAAGACGUCAGACUAAUCUUUAGCAACUCCAAAGCCUACACCCCAAACAAAAAGUCCCGGAUCUACAGUAUGACUCUCAGUCUGUCGGCGUCCUUUGAGCACCAGAUCAUCCCCAUCAUCUCCGAUUACAAAUCAGCCGUUCAGAACCAGCGACGCUGUCAGCAGAGACUCAGCUGCAGCAAGAGGUUACAAAACUCUCUUCCAGACAGCAGCCCGAAAGGGAAGCACAAGCCAGUGAAGAAAACUAAAACCCCCCAGCAGACCUCCAGGAGUCGCUCACGACGGCCCUAUCAAGAUUCAAAUCCUGCUAUGUCUGAUGAAGACAGCCAGCCGUCGUCAUCAUCCUCAUCGACGUCAACCCCAUUACCCUCAGUGCAACCGGGAAGCAACAGAGUCACUCGCAGCAGAGCUACCACCAGAAAAUCAGACGCUCAGUGCAACGGGCCGCUCACUAACGGCGGACGGACCAAACGUAGACAGACGGUGGCGCUUGCAGGACAGCAAGAAGCUUCAGACUCCGAAAGCUCGGAAUCUUCGUCAACGUCAUCAUCGUCAUCUUCCUCCUCUACUACGUCAUCCUCAUCCUCGUCGUCCUCGGAGAGCGAGGCGAGCGACGCUGAGAUCGGCAGUUUCCCAGACGGCGGCGACCACGACUACAGCAAAGCGCCACGCCUGUCGCUCGGCCGCAAAGGCAAGACGCCUGCGGCGCCUACCGCUAACCUUGCCGCUAGCGCUAACGCUAAGCGAAAAAGGACAGGAGGAGGGAAAGCAGCAGACCUGAAACGAGUGCGUAGGGAGCCGAUACAAGAAGCAGCACCGAGUGACGAGGAGGAGGACGAGGAAGAGGAAGAGGAGGAGGAGGAUGAUGAGGAGGAGGAGGAGGAGGAGCCAGAAGAGGAGGAGGAGCCCGAGGAGGAAGAUGAGGAGCUUGAGGAGGAUGAAGAAGACGCGACACCACAGUCGCCGCAAGUGCAGCAAGCUAGAGGUGGGAGGGCGAAUCAGAGGACAGCGAAAGCGGGGCGGGUAAACACUCGUAACCAAGGGCGACGGACCGUUGUAUACAACGACGAUUCGGAGGAGGAGGGGCCUGCGACUGACCCACUAAACCUGGGCAUGUCCCGCUCCGGAAGAGUCCGCCGCAUGACCGAAAGAGCCAGGGUCAGCCAUCUGAUGGGCUGGACGCACUGACCUUGUUGACCUUUUUACCAACCUCAGACUGACUCACUACAGCAAUACUGCAGGGAUUUUUUUGUUUGUUUGUUUAUAUUUGAUUAUUAGUAGCUGUUGUCAUGAUUUUUUUUUUUUGGUGUUUUUUUUUGUACAGGUAACUAUGUUUUUUUUUAAGUUGUCGAUGAGACUUUGUUUACGACUCUGGAUCAUGGUGCUGCCCCCGUCUCGCUCUGGUUUCCAUGGAAACGUGUCUCCGCCAUCAACCAAAACAGCCUUAUACUGGUCCAGAUCAUCUAGAAAUCUUCUCUCUUUGUUUUUUUUUCCGCUCAUCUUCUCUCCUCUCCUCUCUCCUGUGACAGGCAGGCAGGCUUCGUUUGCCGACGUGGUGCUUUUUUCAACUUUAAAUCAGUUUAAAUCACUGCGCUGCAAGCAGGACGAUGGUGCUGUUCUCUCACUCUCUCUCUUUUUCCUCCUCUAUCUCUCUCUCUUUCCCCACUGUUCAUCAUCUGCUGUUCACUUUCAUGGGAAACCACAUUAAUUAAAAAUGCAUACGGAUUCAAAUUCAUAUCAAAGCUGGCUUUUCUUCUGAAAUCUUCUUCUUUUCUCUCUCUCUCUUUCUGUCCCUCUUUCUCACUCAAAUCUUCCAAGAUGCAUUAACUACUUCCAAGUCAUGAAUCUUGGCCCUUCCAAGUCUUUAGGCCCCGCCUGUACCGAGCAUAGACACGGCGGGUCUGGACGGACAGACACACACACUGCAGACUGUUUUUACGAUGGAGUAUAUUUAUAUUUUUUCACUGUUGUAUGAUACACUUUGUGAUUUCAUUCUUAUCUGUUAUCUUAGAGAAAAAAAAAAUCAAACUGAUCCAGUAAAUGUUUGCACAUGUUACGAAAAAGUAUGUGGCAGCUGAUUUGGUGGAAGGGACUUUUGGGGCGGGCUCUCCAUCCUGACUCCCUCAUUGGUCGAGGCCUCUUAACUAGAACUGGUUACCGUCGAGCCAUCCGAAGGGCAACGGGCUGCUUUUGUGCUUCUGUUGCAGUUUUAUUUUGCCUUUGUUUGUGUUCACAUUGAUUAAGUGCUCAUAAAAUCAUGUAUUUUUUGAAAAUAUGGCUUGGUGCCAAUCUCGGGACUCAUGGAUUUUUCGGAUCUUCCCUGUUUUUAUUCAGCAGGUUUUUUUCUGUUUGUUUUGCUUGUGCUGAUUCUCAUUGGUCAAUUGGCUCUUCAGCCUGGCUUGAGUCAUUUAAACUGGACGCUUUCAUCACUUGUUUUAUUGAAUUGACCCUCACCCAUGAGCCGGGUCUCAUAUUUAACUAUCAGUUUCUGUGUUUUUUGGCAUCACAACGCUUUCAUAUAUGGAAUCAGGCUGUAAUAUUAGUGAUUGGAGAUCGACAGGAGGCUCUCCUUACACUACAGACGUGACUAGAAACUAUAAUUUGGCUGGAAAUUUGCUGUUGCUUCGCUUCAGUUCUCUGUACAGCACUAUGCAGUUUGGCACCAGCAAAAGAGCGGAGGCUUCAUACAUGAUGUAGGAAGAGGAGUUUCAGAUGAUCUUUCGGAAUGUAGCAUAAAACUUUGUCUCUUUCUUCCUCUUUCUUAACCGGUCCAUGAAGCUCUUCAUACAACUGCAUUAUGAAAUGACCACCUGUCAGAAAUCAGAAUGCCUUUUCUGUCAUAGUACAGCAUUAAAUGAAGAGUUCGACCAAAAACAACUCACAAUUCUAAAAAAAAAAAUCUUUUCGCUCUGAUCGUUUUGUUGUUUGCUAAAAUUUUUGAAACAUCAAGAAUCAACAGACAUGUAUUCCAACCUGGUUCGGUCAGUUGGUUACUUAGUAUGCAUUAACUGGUAUCUGCUAUUAACUUGUAGUCACAUGAAAUGAUUGAAAUAACUGGUCAGUACAUUAAAAGUUUUGCUUUGGUUGGAUGUGAAAUAGUUUUUGGUGUUUAAAAGCAAAAAAACAGGAAUGUAUGUAAUUCCAAAGGGGUAAUGAAGUAUUUAGAAUUUUCUGGAUUGUUAUCUUGAGAUGACAAGUUAAUUAUCUUGUUAUCUCAGCACAACAAAGUUGUUGUCUUGAAAUAAUAAGUGAAUUACCUUGUUAUCUUGAGAUAACAAAGUUGUUUUCCUGAGAUCAUGAGUUAAUUGUCUUGUAAUCCCAAGAGUUGUUGUCUUGAGAUCACAAGACAAUUAACUAUGAUAUCAAGAUAGUUAUCUUAAGUUCAUGAGUUAAUUACCUUAACAUCACAAGUUAAUUCUCUUGUGAUCUCAAGAUAAUUUAUUUUGUGAUAAUUAGUUAAUUAUCUCGAGAAGGUUAUCUUGACAUCACGUUAAUUGUCUUGUAAUCUCAAGAGUUGUUGUCUUAAGAUCACAAGAUAAUUAACUCAUGAUGUCAAGAUAAGUUAUUUUAAGAUCAUGAGUUAAUUAUCUUGUGAUCUUAAGACAACUCUUAUCUUCAUCAUGCGUUAAUUACCUUGACAUUAUUUUUUUGAUGUCAAGAUAAAGUUGUUUUUUUUGAGAUCACGAGUUAAUUAUCUUGGGAACAAGAUAAUAGUUAUCUUGACAUAAGAUAAAUAACUCAUUAUUUCAAGAUCACAACUUAUCACAAGUUAAUUAUCUUGAGAUCAAGAUAAUUAACUUAUCUCAAGAUUACAAUCCAGAAAGUUACAGCAACAGCUCAUGGCCUCUCUGGACUUCCGUCAGAAUGUGUUAUACAGGUGGGAAAAAAAUGGACCGUUUUUGUUGUGGCCUGUUUUAGAACUUGCACGAUGUAGUGGCCCCAUUUUGAGAACUGUGUAAUUUCGGUGCAUCUAAAUAUCCGUAUCCUGGCGCCGUUUUGCCUCACUUUAAAUAAUCUCCUUUCAACAGUUUUUAAUCAGUUAUGGUGAUUUUAACACGCUUUGGUGCGACGCUGUUAGCUGUUAGCAUCCACCAGUUAGCAUCUAGGACACGAAUCAAAUGGGACGAUAAUCAUGUAACUUAGAUUUUUGGUCGAAUUAUUCAUCUCGACUCGACUCGGCUCUGUUCUGUUGCGUCUGAUCAGUGUCCGACUCAGGCCGAUACUCAGUACCUGCGAAUGCUGUGAUUUUUGAUCAGUGUAGUGUUAUGGUGCUCUAUUAGAACAGGUGGUGAAUCUGGUGGUUAAUAUUGUUUUUCCAGCACAUUGAUAUUGAAAUAUGAAGCAUGACUGCCACCAACUGAGUCUCUAUUCUUAGGAGGUUUGAAUAAACCUCUCAGAUUGAUCUCUGUUAAUGGCAAUAUUAUUAUAUAUUGUGAUAUUUCUGAUAUUAUUGUGUUUGAAAAUGCCCCGACCCAAUCAGUGUAAAGAUGUGACCAGACCCCGCCCUCUUUUCUUUUUGUUUUUUCUUUCUCUGUCCAAAGAUCCAUCCAUUUUUCUUCAUUUUCUC